AUUGUAUACAUGGGAGAUAAGAUAUAUCACAAUCCAGAAACUACUAAAAGGUAUCACCACAAAAUGUUAUCAUCACUCUUAGGGAGCAAAGAAGCUGCAAAGAAUUCAAUUCUUUACAGCUAUAAGCACGGAUUUUCAGGGUUUGCUGCAAGAUUGACAAAAUCUCAAGCAGAAGAAAUAGAAAUGUUUCCUGGAGUAGUUUCUAUCUUUCCAAACCGAAUUCACAAACUCCACACAACCAGAAGCUGGGACUUUAUUGGGGUCCAUCAUUCCUCCUCAAAAACAGCUUUCACUGAAAGCAACUUAGGUGAAGGAACCAUCAUUGGAGUCAUAGACACAGGCAUUUGGCCAGAAUCUGCAAGUUUCAAUGAUGAAGCAAUGGGACAAAUCCCAUCAAGGUGGAAAGGAGUUUGUCAAGUGGGAGAACACUUCAACUCCACCAAUUGCAACAAGAAGAUAAUAGGUGCUAGAUGGUUCUUGAAAGGAAUAACUGAUCAGACUAAGAAGCUCAUCAAUGGAAAUGACACAAAGGAGUUUCUCUCAGCCCGAGAUGCUAUUGGCCAUGGCACUCAUACAGCUUCCACAGCAGCUGGUUAUUUUGUAGGAAAAGCAAAUUUUAGAGGACUUGCUUCUGGUUUAGCUAGAGGAGGAGCACCCCUUGCUCACUUAGCUAUCUACAAGGCUUGUUGGGACAUUUCUAUUGGAGAUUGUAGUGAUGCUGAUAUCCUUAAAGCUUUUGACAAGGCUAUACAUGAUGGAGUAGAUGUUUUAACUGUUUCUCUUGGCAUUGGCAUUCCUUUGUUCUCAUAUGUUGAUCAACGUGACACAAUAGCAAUUGGUUCCUUUCAUGCAACUUCCAAGGGAAUCACUGUUAUAUGUUCAGCUGGAAAUUCUGGCCCCAUGUCUCAAACCAUUACAAAUACUGCACCUUGGCUCAUUACAGUUGCAGCUACCACAAUAGAUAGGACCUUUCCAGCAGCCAUCACCCUUGGAAAUAACCACACUGUGUGGGGACAGUCUAUUGAUACUGUGAAACACAAUCUUGGAUAUGUUGGUCUCACAUACUCAGAACGCAUUGCUCUAGACCAAUCAGAUGAUUUAGCCAAGGAUUGUCAGUCUGGAAGUCUGAAUGCAACAAUGGCAGCAGGCAAAAUUGUUCUAUGCUUUUCCCUAUCAGAUCAACAGGAUAUUGUUUCUGCAUCACUUACAGUAAAGAAAGCCGGAGGAGUUGGACUAAUAUAUGCACAAUUUCAUGAAGAUGGACUCGGUCAAUGUGAUUUGUUUCCAUGUAUUAAGGUGGAUUAUGAAGUGGGAACACAAAUAUUAUCCUACAUUAGAAGAGCAAGGUUUCCAACUGCAAGCCUAAGUUUUCCAAAGACUGUUAUUGGAAAAUGGAUAUCUCCACGAGUUGCAUCUUUCUCAUCUAGAGGACCCAGUAGCAUGUCUCCAACUGUGCUGAAGCCUGAUAUAGCAGCACCAGGUGUGGACAUUUUGGCUGCAUUUCCACCAGAGGGAACUGCAAAGAGCAGUGGGUUUGCAUUCUUAUCUGGAACAUCAAUGUCUUGUCCCCAUGUGGCAGGAAUAGCAGCUCUCAUCAAAUCCAAACACCCAACUUGGUCACCUGCAGCCAUAAGAUCAGCUUUGGUAACAACAGCCUCUCAAACAGGAACUGAUGGGAGCAUUGUAUCUGAAGAGGGUUCCACACCUAAGGCAGCAGACCCAUUUGAUAUUGGUGGAGGGCACGUGAACCCCAACAAAGCAAUGGAUCCAGGACUCAUAUAUAAUAUCACCACUGAGGAUUAUAUCCAAUUCCUAUGUUCCAUGGGUUACAAUAGUGCAUCUAUUAGCAAAGUGACCAAGAUCACCACAAGUUGUAAGAAAGAAAAACAACAAGAACUGAACCUUAACCUACCUUCUAUAUCAGUUCCAAACCUGAAGAGGGUUGCAAAAGUCAUGAGAACAGUGACAAAUGUGGGAAACAUAACUGCAGUAUACAAAGUUCUAGUAAAGACUCCACAUGGCAUAAAAGUGAGAGUUAAACCUCAAAUUUUGAGUUUCAGUUCAGACACCCGAGUCCUUACCUUCAAUGUUAGUUUCUUGUCAACUCAAACUUUGCAUGGAGAUUACAAAUUUGGGAGCCUAACAUGGACAGAUGGCAAGCAUUUUGUAAGGACCCCAAUAGCUGUGAGGACCAUACAAUUUGAAUCUUAAGCAGAUGUUAUGGAAAUGAGUUUGGUCAACUAACUACACAAGUUCUUGCUUGGACUCUUACUUAA